CCUAACCUAGACUAAUUUAAUUCAAUUCCUUAUCUUGUUAUGUAGUUUUCUUUUCCUUCUUUCACCCUUCUCUCUACAACUAAAAUCCAAAAAAGCUUUGCUUUCUCUCUUAAAGAAGUGAUUUUAUGGAAGUAAUGGAGGCCACAUGAAUACCCUUCCUUUGUUGUCUCUCUGCAAUUAAGUUUACUUCUUCAUUUUAUCCUUUGCGUCUUUCCUUUGAUUCCACUGUACCCCUUUUUUUUUUGGGGGGGAGGGGGGUGUUCCCUCUUAAUAUCUAAAAGGAAUCUGGAAAACGGUAACGAAGAGGGGAGGGUUGAAGUAGUGGGUUUUCGGAAAGAAAUGGAGGUUGUCGUGGGUCCCACGUUCGGCAUGGAGGCCACUGCAUCGGCGGCCGCCGCCGUGUAUGUUAGAGAGCGGUCGGAGGAGAAGGUAGGGUCGUCUUGCUUUUUUCUCAAGGAGGAAGCUGUUGGGGCGCCGAAUCUGGGGUCACCGGAUGUGUUCUCGGAGAGUUCGUCCUCGAUUGGGUCACCGGGAGACAGCGAGGAUGAAGAGGAAGAGGAAGACGGCGUCGUUUCAUCUGGAACAAGUGGAGGGUUGGCUUCUUUGGGUUCCCUAGAGGACUCCCUUCCCAUCAAGAGGGGAUUAUCAAAUCACUAUGCUGGAAAAUCAAAGUCAUUUGCUAAUCUGUUAGAUGUAAGCACAGUAAAAGAGGUGCCAAAAGCAGAGAACCCAUUCAACAAAAGGAGAAGGGUAUUGCUUGCAAACAAAUGGAACAAGUCCAGGAAGUCGUCUUUCUAUUCAUGGCAAAAUCCCAACUCCAUGCCGCUCCUUGCUUUGAAUGAAGACGAUGAAGAAACCCCAUCAUCAUCAUCGUCGUCGUCUUCCUCAUCAUUUUCAUCAUCAUCAAAUGACAAACUACCAGUAGCAGCAAUAAAACCCAAGUUGCAGCAGCAAAGCAAGCUGAAGGUCACUCUCAAAUCGCAGAGUUGUUUUUCUUUAACAGAUCUGCAAGUACAAGUUGAACCUCAAUAACACCUCCUCUGCCUUUUUAGAAGCAUCAGAAUAUGCUUUAGGAUUUUACAUUAUUAUUCCUCCUUUUGUAACCUUUUUCUUCUUUAUUUACUCGGAAGAAAAAAGAAAAGAAAAAACUCAUGGCUUUUAGCAACUUAAUAUAUAAAUAAAUAAAAAGUUUUUUACAAAUAAAA